AUGACGCCUGGCUCGAGCACUGAGUAUCCGACCCGCCCAAACCCGCCCACGCGUAUCCGUCCCGACGUCGACACCGAUGUCCAAGAAGUCGACGUGCUCGUCGUGGGCGCCGGGCCGGCCGGUUGCAUGCUGGCAACCCAACUCGCACGCUUCGGCAUCAAGACCAAGAUCAUCGAUGAGCGGCCAGACCGGACGCCGACGGGGCGCGCAGACGGGCUGCAGCCCAAGACGAUCGAGACGUUCAAGCAGAUGCGGAUAGCGGAGCCGGUGCUGCGGAAGGGCGUCAAGAUAUUCGACAUAGCGUUCUGGAACUCGAGUGCGGGCCAGCGAUUGCGGCGGACUGGCCGGCAGGAGCAUUUUCCGCCGCUCGUCGACGUGCUCGAGCCGUUCAUACUCCUGGUACAUCAGGGCAUGGUCGAGAGUCUGUUUUUGGAUGAUAUGAAGGAGCGUGGAUUGGAGGUAGAGAGGAACUGCGUUUUUGAGACGUGCACGGUUAAGGAGGAUGAAGCGUAUCCCGUCGAGGCGGUCUAUAAGGAUAAGGUCAAGAAUACGACGAAGAGGGUGAGGGCAAAGUACAUCGUUGGCUGCGAUGGCGCGCAUAGCUUGGUGAGGAAGUGUAUGCCCGGCGUCGCGAUGGAGGGCGAGACGACAGAUGUGUUCUGGGGAGUCCUAGAUGGCGUCGUGGAAACGGAUUUCCCAGAUCUGUGGAGCAAGUGUGCCAUCUCCUCGCACGAGGCCGGGACGAUCCUCUGCAUUCCUCGCGAGAAGAACAUGACACGCCUCUACAUUGAGCUCAAUACCGUCGGCGAAACCGGUAAUGGUAAGAUCUCGAAGGCGAUCGCCAAGGACUUUGUGAUACAGCGGGCCAAAGCCAUUCUGAAGCCCUACACCAUCAAUUGGACGUCGAUAGAAUGGUUUGGCGUCUACCAGAUCGGCCAGAGGGUGUCGACAUCAUUCUCUCACAAGAACCGGAUCUUCAUCGCCGGCGACGCAGGGCAUACUCACUCCCCGAAAGCCGCACAGGGAAUGAACGUGUCCAUGCACGACACCUACAAUCUCUCGUGGAAGCUCGCGCACGUCCUCCACGGCCUAGCCAAGCCCGCCAUCCUCGACACGUACGCCGAGGAGCGGCGCAAGAUCGCAUGCGAUCUGAUCCGCUUCGACCACGAGCACGCCAAAGCCUUCAUCAAGAACGACAGCAAAGCGCUCGCAGAGAACUUCAAGACGAACAUCCGGUUCAUCAGCGGGGUCGGGGCCGUGUACGGUCCCAACUCCCUCAACCUCCCAUCCUGGACGAGCACCAAGCUCGUUCCCGGCGAGCUCCUUGUCCCCGCACGCGCGGUCCGCUACGUCGACGCCAAUCCUGUCGAUCUGCAGCUGGACAUACCAGUGCUGGGCCAGUGGCGCCUCUACUUCCUCGCCAAGGACUACCAGGCGAGCAAGUACUUUCUCGACACGAUGGCAGAGUUCAUCACCAGCCCACUCUCGAUUCUCGGACGGGCAUCGGAGAAGUCGCGGGGCGCGCCCACGCCCGCCCGCGCAGAGGCCGACGAUAUCGUCCAGCCCCAGCGCUAUACUACCACUGGACGACUGUUCACCCCCGCGCUGAUCACGCGCACCCCGCAGGCGGAACUGGAGCUCGCCGACCUCUGCCCCAUGAUGAAGGAUGCCCGCUGGACUGUCUACCUCGACCGCCUCGAGGGAAGGACUAGUCCGUUCAAGAAGUGGGUUGGCGGCGAGGUGCGAGAGGGCGAGACCGUGCUCGCCGUCGUCCGCCCCGACGGCUACGUCGGCGCUAUUGGGAAGUGGGUGCCAGAAGGAGUCGAACAGGCCGCCGCUUGGGUGGAGGCGUAUUUUGGGGGGUUUUUGCAGGGGUAA